CCUUCUAGAUUCUCAUCAUCAAGAACUCAAAAACAUAUCGAAGCGGAGAUCCAUAGCAGCAAUGGCGGGUAACCAAGCCAAGACACCUGCACUCCCCUCCGACACGGAGCUGGUACAAGCACAGGCCGAGCUGUGGCGCCACAGCCUUCUCUACCUCAAGCAAAUGACGCUCAAGUGCGCCAUCGAGCUGGGCAUCCCCACCGCCAUCCACAACCUGGGCGGCGCCGCGUCGCUGCCCGAGCUGAACGCCGCGCUCUCCCUUCCUCCGGCCAAGCAGCCGUACCUCGCCCGCCUCAUGCGGCAGCUGGCCUCGUCGGGCGUCUUCACCGUCGUCGACGGUGACGCCAUGUCCGGCACCUACGGCCUCACUCCUCUGUCCAGCAUCCUGAUCGACGGCGUGCGCAUCGACGGCGACGCGCACCAGGAGGCCAUCGUGCUCGCACUGUCCUCCAAGUACUACGUCGAGGCGGCCAUGGGGCUCACCGACUGGUUCAGGAAGGAUCAUCCCACGCCGACCCCGCCGCCGUUCGAGGACGUCCAUGGCGCGGUGCCCUUUGAGGAGAGCAUGGCGCGCCUGAACCCGGAGUCCGACGAGUUGUUCAACCAGGCGUUGGCUGCGCACGAUCACAUGGGGAUCGGCGCGCUGCUGCGGCAGUGCGGCCAGGUGUUCGGCGGGCUGCGGUCACUGACGGACUGUUGCGGCGGCGACGGCACGACGGCGAGGGCCAUCGCCAAGGCCUUCCCUCAUGUCAGGUGCACCGUGCUGGAUCUUCCACAAGUGAUCAACAAGGCCCCUCCUUCCGAUGGUUCGGUUACGUAUGUCGCUGGUGACAUGUUUCAUUCCAUCCCACGUUCUCAAGCUGUGAUGCUCAAGGUUGUUCUGCAUUUCUGGAGUGACGAGAAUUGCGUGAAAAUAUUGGCUCAAUGCAAGAAGGCCAUCCCUGCACGCACAGACGGAGGAAAGGUGAUCAUCAUAGAUGUUGUUAUUGGCUCUUCUACUUCGGGGCCAAUACUGGAAACCCAACUUCUAAUGGACAUGCUCAUGCUGGUGAACUUCAGAAGCAAGCAACGUGAUGAGAAUGACUGGAGCGACAUCUUUAAGAAAGCAGGGUUCAGUGAAUAUAAGAUUGUCAAGAAACUAGGAGCUCGAUGUGUCUUCGAGGUCUAUCCAUAAGGUUUUGUGUGCCAAUAUAUAUCUGUUUGUGACAGAGAAGUGCGGGCACACAAUACUAUAGUACCAUAGUAUGUUCUGUGUAUAAUACUACGUUGUUAAAUUGUCAGAUACAAUGCUAUUGUAUUCAUUUUGGUACUGUAUUUAAUUCACCCAUGAUAACAUGCAUGUGGAGUACUAAAAAUCUAAAAUUUGCUUAUUCGGAUUGUUUGCUCCACCGUGAUUUUGCCAUAAAUGU